CUCCACCAUGUCGCGUCGACGCAACGGCUCCGGAGGUGGUUACAGCAACGGCAAUGGCUACUACGAUGAGGGCGGAUAUGGAGGCUUAGGGCCUACUGAAGAUUACCCUCGCCGUCCGAGCGCUGAACGACGCCGACCACCACCUCGAAACGGCGGCUAUGGAGGUUUUUCAGAACGAGAAGAGCCUCCAAUGAGGCCGAGCGGGGAACGUCGAGGCGGCGAUAAUACUACAAGGGAAACACGUUUUGGACCAGGAAGCCAGAGGAUGGAGGAGAUUCUGCAGACCAUACAACAAAACUUUGAUUUUAUGACCAACGACAAAUGUGUGCCUAUCGAAGUAGCUCUCAAGCUCAUGGAUUCGAGCUCCCUCGGCUUAGCCAACCAGUACGACAUGUUCCAAGGAACCCAUCAUGACCUCCAGCGUGCCCUCAAAACUAUAGUAAACGAGCACCAUCAAGGUUUCAAUAGCUCAAUUGGCACCUUCCAUAAAAUUCAGACCAGCCUUCAAUCUUCACAGCACCGGGUGCGGGCUCUCAAAGAUUCUCUAUCCCAGGCCAAGCUGCACCUAUCAACCACCAAACCCGAAUUGAAGGAUUUCGCUACGUCGUCCCAAAGCUAUGACGAGAUGAUUCAGAUGUUAAAUACCAUUGAGCAGUUACAGCUUGUGCCAGACAAACUGGAGGCGCGCAUCUCCGAGAAACGCUUUUUGACCGCCGUCGACAUUUUGCAGGAUGCUUUGCGUAUGAUAAGAAAAUCUGAGAUGGAGAAUAUUGGUGCUUUGAGCGAUCUUCGCACCUACUUGAGCAACCAAGAACACUCUCUUACAGAUAUCCUGAUCGAGGAGCUACACAAUCACCUGUAUCUGAAAUCCCCGUAUUGUGAAGAUAGGUGGAAACAAUACGCCCAAAACCAAUCCAGGGGUGACAUGUCCAAGCGUGCUCAGACAGAUGUCAGGGGCAGGAUGCUUUAUCAUUUCUUAGACUCCCUCGAUACUUCAGAAGCGAUGACCGACGAUUCUCCUCGAAACCCUGAAGCAGAUACAUUUCAGUACAUUCAACUGAUCAUUGAAUCGCUUAACAAGAUGAAUCGCCUUGACAUAGCAGUGGACACGAUUGAACAGCGAUUGCCCGUGGAGCUUUUCAAAGUUGUUGACAAGUCCAACAAUGAGGUAGCGCAGCGCCACCCUAGUAUAUUCCGAGCCUUUUCCGCGAAGAAAGACCGGCAAUCCGUUAUUGGUGCGGCCAGUGAUGACCUGCGCAAAGGUCUUUUGAAUGAUCUAUUAUGGACACUAUAUGCGCGUUUUGAAGCUAUAGCUGAGAGUCACCGGGUGGUCCACGACGUGAUCGCGGGUAUUAUACGUCGAGAGGGCGGAAGGGGUUCGUCUAGUGCCAUACUUAUGCGAGGUUUCAAGGAGCUGUGGAAGCUCUAUCAGAGCGAAAUUCGUUCACUACUUCAUGAUUACCUCGCUACCGAUGGCGACCUCGCGUAUAGAGGUGGGCAAGGGCAAAAGGCCAACAGCAGCGUUUUCUCGCGCCAGCCGCGGGACAAGAACAUGAAGAUGUUCAAGCUUUCUGACAUGGAUACUAAGUCUUCGGAGCUCACAGAAGAACGCGAGCGGUUAGAGUUUAUUCUCAAAUCAUCAGUGCCUGGCCUCGUGUCGGAUUCUAAGAGACCAGACGAUAUCACCAUAACAACUAGUGCUAACCUCGAUGGAAGUGCAACUGGCCACAAAUUGCUUGUUGAACCAAGUGUGUUCAACAUGGGCGUUCUACUGCCGCCGUCCCUGGAAUUCUUGAAUAGGCUGAAAGAGGUUGUUCCACCUAGUUCAGACAUAGUCAUGAGCACGCUCACCUCCUUCCUGGAUGAUUUCCUGGUCAAUGUGUUCCACCCACAGCUUGAAGAAACACUUAUCGAACUCUGUUCACAGAUCUUCAUUGAUAACGAUGCAUUCUCAGAAGAUCCCAACUGGUCACAACAUUCCAAAAAACCAAUUUUCAAAGGAGCUACCAAGUUCUUCAGCCUCAUAACAGCGUUUUGUAAAAUGCUGGACAACCUGCCCCACGACCAGGCCUUUUCACAAUUAAUCAUCACCCAAAUGAGUACAUACGCCAAAAAAUGCGCAAGCUCGUAUAAGCAGCUCGUUCAGCGGCCACAACAAAAAGAACUGACAGGGAGACGAGAGAAAACUCCAGCUGCUUAUGCUGAAUCGACUCAUCCUAUCGGUGAAACAAUUGCUCAACUCUUCCAAAUGGAGCCGGAGAAAAGUUCGGAUACGGUAAAGCGUGAGAUCUCACUUCUUCUUGCGGAGAUCGAAAAGGAUCCCCCAGAUCAACAAGAUUUGAUCCAAGACAAGAAGAGCUUACAAAGCUUAUGCUUGCUAUACGCAAGUAUGAAGUGGCUUGCAACCAAGGUUGCGCAGCUCCGAUUCAUAAGCGACAGAGCAACAGACUCUACAAGGAUAGAACAAGGCAGUCAAAGGCACACAAGGAGAUGGACUCUCCUCACAUCUGCUGAGCAACGCUCGGAGGGUGGUGCAGUCUACCUUCCGCUCAGUUCAGACACAGCUACCGAAUUCGACACCGUCGUAACAUCUUACCAAUCCCUUUCCGCCCUCAUCCACCGCACUCUGCACCUCACCCUCCGCUUCAGCAUCCUCUCCGCCCUCACAGCCACAAUCAAGCCAACAUAUGUCCUCGAAGCCCCACUCAACGACCCGGAUCCCAGCAUCCAAUCACUCACGACCUUCCUCACCUCGUACGACACAAACGUCUCGACAUAUCUCCCCCCUUCACAAUAUGCACUCAUAACCCUCGGUCUCUCGUCACUCACAGACGCCUACCUCGUACACCUUUGCGCGUCCAAGAUCCAGGCCAUGAACGAACAUGGCUGUGCGCUCAUGCAGCUCAACAUCUUGGUGCUCCAGCAGAACCUGAUCAAUGUAGAAGCAGAGGCGAGUCUGACUUAUUCGGCACUAUUCUUCGACUUGUUCACGGCAGGGCCCGACGCCAUUGUCAAGCGAGCCAAGCAGCAUGGAAAGGGAUUCGGAAUACCCGGAGGCACUUUUGGUGAGGAGCAGGUCAAGGGACUGUUGGAGCUCUGCUAUGGUGAGAAGCUGAAGGAUGAGAGGAGGGAGGUCGGUGUGGCGGCUAAGAGACAGAUGGAUGCGCAAUUCUUGGAGAUCAGCGAGUUUAUGUACUAG